CCGAAAUACUGGCUCUAUAGGCUCUAUAGGCUUUUAUGUCAUGAUGAGAUGCACUUCUCCGAAGCCCCUCCCAUCUCUGGCAACCUCAUUCUUCCAGGGGCGGUUGCGUCUUCGGCUCAAUCUCCAGUUCCGCAGCAGAAGGCUCCGGGACGAAUGAUGUCCGCUGGCCAACUCCACCCGCAUCGGAACGCCCCUUGUCAAAAUUUCUAUCUAUCUCAGGGUCUUGGCAUCCGGAUAGAGAAUGGGCAGCGUCACCUGCAUCUAUUCUAACAACCUCCAUCUCUUUUUUCCCCUGUGCCGGCCCUCUCUGUAAGAGUGCCGAUCGGCGGGGUCAGGGGACACAAUCGCAUUCUGCACCGUCCACACCGGUACCGUCCACACAUCUUCCCCAGUUCCCAUUUCGUGCAAGUCCCUCCUUUUCUCGAGCCACAAUGACAAGUCUAACUUUCCUCCAAAAACAAGCAGAAGUUGAACGCCUCGCCGAAGACAUCCUCAUCGAAAAGCAGCUUGUAAUCGAUCUCGACCGGCGGCGAAACGAUAACCGCAUGGCCCUGCGUUCCAUCCAAAAAACCUCCUCCUCACAACCCGACAAAAAAACCUACUUCUUUGCCGGAGGCCUUUUCAUGAAACUGCCCACCUCCUCCGUCAGCACGCUCCUCACGGAGGACCAGACGAACAUUGAUGGGGAGAUCGGGCGGUUGAGGGAGAGUAUGAAGGAGAAGGCGUCGCAGUUGGAUGUGCUGGAGCGGGGUGGGGAGCGCGGGGAGGGGAGGAUGAAGGGGUUUGGGUUGAAAGGGAUGGGGAAGGACGAGUUGAGGAAUAUUGCGAGGCGGUGAUGAUGGCGGAGAGUAUCUAAAACCAACCCCGUCGACUACGGCACUAUAUAUUUCACACAAAAAUACCCCAUAUGUACAUACGUCCUCAGAGCACGUCUCCUAAUCUCAAAACAAAUGGAAAGGUGACAAGAAACCGGCCGCCCUCCUAACUAUUCCCGUAAUUCGAACCCUACGUCAUCUGUUCUCUGACUGGCAUAUCCUACUCUUACUUUCCGUCUCGCUACUCGCCGACAGAACCUCAUCUCGGAGAAAUGUUGCAUGCUAUGCGAGCUUAGCCUCUGUAUCCUCCUUCCUUCUCACCACUUCGGUGCCACGAUUCCCG